AUGGAUGUUAGUCCUCACAUAACAGUCAGUCUCAGCAGAUCCCAAAAUUUACAGAAAAAAAGAAGAAGUGAAGAAACUCCUCUCAUAGCUAGGGUUUCUGCAGAAGAGAUCAUCAUGUUCAUAUCAAUCGCCGUGUUCAUAUUGAUCAGAUUGCUAAUUAACCGUCUCCAGCGCAGAAUGCCGGGGAGAGUUAUAAGGAUAAUCAACUGGAUUCUUAUUUUCGUUGGGAUCAUCUCCUGGAUCCUCCUUUUCUGGCGGUUCUUCACUACUGUGAGAACUCAUGUGAAGCCACUGCCUAAUAAUGGAGGAAGACUUGCAAGAAAAAUGCAUCCGAUUGAGUAUCUGAAUCAAACUGAUGAACUUCACCUUGUCUCUUUAGCAUCAAAUCCAGCAACACCACCGCCUUUUCGCAGGGGCAAUAAUUUGUCUGAGUUUAAUUUCUUUACAUUGGCCGCAGUCUCGCCUCCACUACCACAACCUGUGACGCAGCUGACCAACAAUAUUACUAUCUGUGGAUAUCCUCAGAGAAAUCCACCACCAAGGUCUAAAGUUUACAGUACUGAAGCUAGCUGCUUUUUCAGGAAAAUUAAUGGUGAAAUUAAUUGAGGAAAAUUGAUUGGAAGUGUUAUAAGUACUUUGUUUUCAGUGUUAUAUGCUGUAGUGGUUAGAAAAGUUUUACUAUUAGGUAUUUCGAUAUGAAUUUUAACUAAAUAAUGAGUUUAGGGGUUGAUUGAAGACUAUCAAAU